AUGUCUUUCAAUUGGACAAAAGAAGGUAAAAGGAUAUUUGAAGAAAUAAAAGAGGCUUUAGCCUCAACCCCUACUCUCUUGAAUCUUGAUUUCUCUAAAGAGUUUGUGUUAUAUGCAUAUGGUAAUAUUGACAGUAUUGCAGCCAUGUUGGUGCAACAAAAUAGUGAUGGAAUGGAACAACCCAUUGCAUUUUUCAGUCAGGGACUAAAAGAUUAUGAGUUAAAAUAUACUUUUGUAGAGAAGCAUGUGCUUGCCAUUAUUAGGAGUUUUGAAAAAAAUAGGCAUAUGUUAUCUAACAACAAGGUUACUUUGUUGGUUGCACAUCAUGUUGUUAUAGAUUUCCUAUUGAGCAAAGAUCUAGGUGAAAAGAGAGCAGGCUGGAUUACUAAAGUCAUGGAGUAUGACAUUGAAGUCAAAGUAACUAAGUUGAUAAGGGGUAAAGAUCUUUGUGAACAUAUGGCUGGUCAUUCAAGUGAGGGAGAAGGUUCUAAGAAGGAAGAAUUUCUAGUUAUUCAAGAUGAGGUACAAACAACUGUACCUAUUGAAGAAAAUAGUUGGAUGCAGGAGAUAAUUCAUAUUUUGCUAAAUGGCGAGUAUCCUCAGAGGAUGGACAAGGCAAAGAGAAGGUAUUUUAGACUAUACUCCAUUCCUUAUGUUUUAGUUGAUGGUAUUCUAUUCAGGAAGGAUCACAAUGGAAUUUUAUUAAGAUGCAUAGAUAAUGAUCAAACUGUUAAAGUAUUGCAUGAGUUUCAUGAUGGACCAAUUGGUGCCAUAAAUCCACCUUCUAGUGCAGGGCACAUGUGGGUUCUGAUUGCUACAGACUAUUUCACCCGAUGGACUGAAGCAGUAGCAUUAAACGAAGCAAAUGAAGGUGUUGUUCUGAACUUCUAUGAUGAAUUAAUAACUAGGUUUGGUGUACUUGAUUCCAUUAUUUCUGAUAAUUCUUUGGCUUUUGUUGGAUUAAAAUAG